CAACACAAUAUACUCAGAGCUCGAACCAAAAACCUUUUCUCCUCUCUAACUGAAGCAACAAUCACCAAAUUCUCUACACCAGAAUUUCUUCUGUUGUUCUUUAUUUCGGCGCCUUUGUUUCUUGAGAAACUAGUAAGAAAUCAUCAUUUUCCUAAGAUGAAGCAUCAACUGCUACUUUCAUUUUCCUGCGUUGCGAUAAUAUUCCUCCUCCAUCUCGCCCCCAUCACCGGCCAAGCUCCGGCGGGGGCUCCAUCUGCUUCCACCAGCCCGACCAACGUCACUGCAAUCCUCGAGAAGGCGGGUCAGUUCACCAUCUUCAUUAGGCUGCUCAAGAGCACGCUGGUAGGCGACCAACUCAGCUCUCAGUUGAGCGAUCAGAAGUCGAACCAGGGCUUCACUAUAUUUGCACCGACCGACAAUGCCUUCGCUAGUCUCAAAUCGGGCACGCUGAACAUGCUCUCCGAUCAAGAGAAGAUCCAACUGGUGCAAUUCCACAUCAUCCCUUCCGUCAUCUCGCUCUCGCAGUUCCAGACCAUCAGCAACCCACUACGGACCCAAGCCGGCAACAGUGACAACGGCCAGUUUCCACUCAAUAUUACCACAUCGGGGAAUCAAGUAAAUGUAACGACAGGGGUUGUGGCCGCAAGAGUCGACAACACAAUAUCUAGUAAGGGCAACUUGGCGAUUUAUCAGGUCGAUCAGGUGCUGCUUCCGUUGGCCAUGUUCGGGUCACCAGCACCAGCUCCAGCACCGGAGACACCCAAGAAGGAAGUGCCGGUUCCAUCGCGUGCCCCAUCUGGAUCAGACAAUGCCUCUGUCGAUUCCUCCAAUGCAGUUGCCAAUAGUUUUAACUCAAGGACAUUGGCUUCGCAUGUUGUUGCCGCUACUUUGGGUGGAGUGCUUCUGUUUUAAAACCAAAUUUUUGUACGAUACAUGAGGAUGGUCAGUCCUAUGAUUUUGUUUUCUUUGGCAUCAUCCGUCUCAAUGUCUUUUACACUGAGCUAUGUCAUUCAUUGAGUUUAUUCCUAAUGCAAAAUCAUGCUU